AUGGUGGAAGUGGAAUUAGAAAAAGCUUUCCCGCAGAGAAUUGCAGCUACUGAUAAACAAGGCAAUGUUUCCAUGGUUUCAGUUGAGUACUCAUGGAUUCCAAAUAAGUGUGAGAAAUGUGGUCAUUUCGGCCAUAAAAAAUCAAGAUGUCUGCAGUCUGAAUCAUUGGAUCUGGGAUUCACUGCAUCUAAUCAGGUUGUGAAAGAAGUGGGUCUAGCACCUACCGAAGCUGUUACUCCCGUUGCUGCUUAUGAUAAACUUUCAACAUUACCUCUUACUAAUACUCAUGAGGAAGUAGCUUCUGAUACUCCAACUCUUCCAAGUUCAGAAACAGAACUUGAAGCCACAACUCCAUUUGAACUUGUUGCAUCUGAAGCAACAUCACCUGCUGCUGCGUUUCAAAGCGUCAUCCCUACCCUGCCUCCUGCUGUUGCAGCUGAUGCAACUUCUCUUGCUGCGUUUCAAAGCGCCAUCAUCCGUACCCCUCCUCCUGCUGUUGCAUCUAAUGCAACUUCCCCUGCUGCGUUUCAAAGCGCCAUCCAUACCCCAUCUCAUGGCUCAUCUCCUGCUUUGGUAACUUUCUCUUCUACUUCUUCAGAUUUAGUGACUGAGAAUGUUGAAGGAGGUGUCUUUGGUAGCCAUUUUGCUGCAUUACAUUCAGAGUUUUCAGGGUUUGAAAUGGGAGAUCCUUCUCAAAGGACUCGAGGAGGUCGACCAAUUAAACCAACACAAAAAGUUCAAGAAAUGCAGUGGACUUUAGUAGGAGGAAGAAAAAAUAGAGGCCGUGGCGGUCGUGGCGGUCAAAGAGAUCAUAGACCUCCAUUUUAA